AUGAGAGCCUUAGCAGUAGGAGAUAGCUCAGUGCAGGUGGCAAUGAAUGGUAUUUCUGAGGCACAAGAUCGUAAAGGCCUGGAACUAGGACAGCACCAACUCAAGAACCUGGCCAUGGAGCAGGGAAGAGAGACCCUCUACUGUGACGAGAAGACAUUUACCAGUGUGUAUCAAAUGAUGACCACACUGGGACGAGGAACCUUUGCCACAGUCAAACUGGCCUUCCAUUUGCCCACUGUCAGCUACGUGGCUGUGAAGAUUCUUUCAAACGUAAAGGGGUACUCCACCCAGAACAACAACGAGGUUGAUAUAAUGAGAUCCCUCGUUCAUCCGCAUAUAAUCAAGUUCCUUCAGGAGAUCCAGACAGAGGAUAUGACAUAUCUCAUAAUGGAUUACGCCUCUAAGGGGGACCUGUUGCAUCAGAUUCGCAAACCGGGAGGCUUACGGGAGUGCGAGGCUCGAAAACUCUUUACUCAGGUACUAAAGGCAGUGAAGUACUGCCACGACAACUGGAUAGUCCACAGGGACAUUAAAGCAAAUAACAUCUUGAUCGACGCCUCUGGGAAUGCCAAGCUCUGUGAUUUUGGCCUUGCGGUGAAAGUCGUCCCUGGCACAAAACUAAAGAAUCCCUGCGGCACUCUGGCCUACUGUGCCCCGGAACUCUUCGGAGGGGAGCCCUAUGAUGGCUAUGCCAGCGAUGUUUGGAACUUAGGCGUACUCCUCUACUAUAUGGUGGCCAGGCACGUGCCGUUCCAAGCGAGCUCUUCUGCGGGAUUGAGGCGCCAAAUUUUGGCAGCAAACUUCAGCGUUCCUCCUCAUGUCCCACUUGAUAUUUUCAACGUAAUCGUGGAAAUCCUCAUGAUCAACCCCGACAGGAGGCCCACCAUCAGCCAAAUCCUGACGCGCCCCAUGAUCAUGGACAGCCAGGCACGGGCAUCCAUCCAGAGUCUCCCAGGCACCCCGAGCCCUAGCAUUGUCAGCACCAUGGCAGGCGUGGGGUACCAACCUGAAGGAGUGAUUGAGUGUUUAGAAGCCCAAAAAUUUAAUCAGGCGAUGGCCAGAUACCUGAGUCUGCAAUACCAGGCACCCACGGGAGACUGCUGCCAUCACCGGGUGAAAACCACAAAACGGAUGGAGCCAGGCCUUAUCCUCAACCUGGCCAAUCUUCACACCUUUCCUGGGACUCCUGGGAGAGCUGAUGAGCCUACUCUGCCAACCGUCAUCGUGCCAUCUGAGCCCCAGAAGAAAGAAGAUAAGAAUUCCAGGCAGGGUGGCAGAAGGCAUAGCGUGCCUGCCACCCUGUGCUGCCCGCCUAGGAGGAUCCACCUUACCCACCUAUCCCACCUGCGCUGUCCUGUGGCUGAUUCCAUCAUGAACAGCAGCCUGGAGACCAGCAAGAGUUUUUCGCAGUCAAACAUCGGGUUGUGUGGCAGCCUGACGGCAAGUGCCCAGCCAUCCUGCUCUCUGUACCACCCUCUUGGGUCAGACCACAAUGAGGCUGCAAAUGAUGCAGAGAAACUCUGGAGCUCGCUGGGGAUGGCUCUGCGUGUAACCCCCAACGCCACCUCCCUUGGGGACACACUACAGGAAGAGACCAUCACAGAACUGACCACCAGACAGGAAGGGGCCAUAUCCCAUGGUCAGCCCGAGGAUGCUGGGCCAGCUUCCUCCCCAAACCAGAGGCAUCACCGCUGGAAGGGGGUGAAAAAAACCAUUGUAAAUUGCCUCAGAGACCUAUGUUGCUGCCUGCCUCCUGCAGAGAGGAAGCAUGCCUCCCAUGAGAACCAGGCUCCACAGUCAGGGGAUCCUAGAGGCACCCACAGAACCAGAGAACAAAAUCUUCUCCAUGGGGUGACUCUUCUCUCCCCCAAGGAGAGUAUUCCUAGUCAGCCUGCACUAAGCUGGGUUGCCAGGUUGAGAAUAUGUCCUGUAAGCAGCCCUGUAGGACCGACUCCUCUAGAGGCCAGGCUCCUGCAAGAACCUUUAGCAGGAAUCCCCACAAGUCAUCCCAGCAAGUUCCAUUGCUUGAGUCCUCAGACCCAAAGCUUGGGAAAAUCUGAGCUGGGGAGUGAAUGA